GAGCAGACCCUCUACUUGCAGCAGAUCGGUCGGCAUUUCGCGCGCGGGGUCGACGCCUCGACGCCAUGCCCAAAGCCACGAGCUUGGUGGCGGAGCUGACGGUGGCCAACAUGGCCUGGCGGUGUCUGGAUUCAUCGGAGCUGGACGCCAUUCCGGGGGCGUCUGCCAUGCCGCCCCCAGUGCCGGAAUUCCUGCGCGGGGCUACAGUGCUGGGCCAGGCCACCUCCAGCCGUGCCAAAGUGGCACCCUGGCCGGAAGCGAAGGCGAAGGAAGCCAAGGCUCCGACCAGUUCGGGGCCACCGAAGGCGGCGCCAAGUUUCAAAGAGGCGGCCGCGCCUAGCUCCGGGGCCACUUCCGCCGGAGCUGCGAAGCCGAGGGCCGAUCCGAGCGAUCCGGAUUUGGGCCCGAAGGUGUUUCCGAGCACGAGCGCUCGUAGCGCGUCACCGCGCAAGGAGGUGAGCUCCAGCCGAAGUCCCCUGAAGCGCGAGGAUCCGGUUCCGCGCAGCCAGAUCUUGGCGGACACGGUGGCGCGAGUUCUGACGGUGAAGUUCACCCUGUACAAUCACGGAUGGUCCGAGGUCUUGCUGCUGCACAGCGGCUUUGGGGACUCGGACGUGGACCGGAAGAAGCGAGAGCUGCUGCGGGUCUUGCACCCGGACAAGCGGGAUGCGCAGAGCGCCCAAAGCGCCGGGGGCGAGGAAAGGUGCAAAGAGGCCUACGACGUGGUGGAGAAGUCCUGCGCUGCGGCGAAGAAGUGGCUGGAAGAGAAGCGUGGCGGCAAGCUGCCUCCCUGGGAGCCGGCUCCCCGCUUCUUUGCCCCUGGGACCACCGCACGCUCGGCGCCGCAAGCUGCACCGACGCCGACGCCAUCCACGCCGAUGACACAAGCGCCGAUGUCGGUGCCGGCGGGCUGGAUGAACACCCGGCGCGACGCAGACACUUGGCGGGACCUCAGUCCUUUCUCACGCCCGACUGGAGUGAAUGGCGCGCGGUCGGCGGGCUUCUCUCAGCCGGCGCCGCCCAAGGGGAACCAGCCCUUCAUGAUGCGCUUCGACAAUCGCAUGGCCGCAGACCUGGGCCAUCGCACAGUGGGGUGAGAUGCGAAGCGAAUUGGGCCGUGAAUUGUGAGACCAGGCCGCUUUUGGGGGGAAACGUGGGAAGUCGCCAAAGCAAGCCCCCUCCCCCAACUUUGCUCGGACCUACCAUGGCCUACUUGCCGUCCCUCCAAGCGGAUGUGGGCCCCUGGCCUCACGCCACAGAUCUGAUAGCUGCGAGACCCGUUUUUGGCAGUGCUCCUCAGGAACUGAGCUGUGGAGGCUCCAAAAGAUGCGCCUCACAUCGGCCAAAGGUGCUCACAAGGUGGCAAGCAAACUGAGUGUCGCUGCCCAGGGC